AUGGCUCUCUACUGCGGCGACAACUUCGGCGUGUACUCGCAGCCCGGCCUGCCCCCGCCCGCCGCCGCCGCCGCCGCCCCGGGCGCCCCCCCGGCCGCCAGGGCGCCCUACGGGCUGGCAGACUACGCCGCGCCGCCCGCCGCCGCCGCCAAUCCCUACCUGUGGCUCAACGGGCCGGGAGUGAGCGGCCCGCCCGCCGCCGCCGCCGCCGCCGCCGCCGCAGCUGCCUACCUGGGCGCCCCGCCGCCGCCGCCGCCACCACCCCCCGGGGGCGCCGCCGGGCCCUUCCUGCAGCCGCCCCCCGCCGCCGGCACCUUCGGCUGCGCUCAGCGGGCCUUCGCGCAGCCCGCGCCCGCAGCGCCCGCCUCGCCCGCGGGGCCCGCCGCGCCGGGCGAGCUGGGCUGGCUGUCCAUGGCCAGCCGCGAGGACCUGAUGAAGAUGGUGCGGCCACCCUACUCGUACUCGGCGCUCAUCGCCAUGGCCAUUCAGAGCGCGCCCGAGCGCAAGCUCACGCUCAGUCACAUCUACCAGUUCGUGGCCGACAGCUUCCCCUUCUACCAACGCAGCAAGGCCGGCUGGCAGAACUCCAUCCGCCACAACCUGUCGCUCAACGACUGCUUCAAGAAGGUGCCCCGCGACGAGGACGACCCAGGGAAAGGGAAUUACUGGACCCUGGAUCCGAACUGUGAGAAAAUGUUUGACAACGGGAACUUCCGUCGGAAGCGGAAGCGCCGCUCCGAAGCCAGCGGCCCCUCCACGGUGGCUUCAGGGACCACAAAAUCGGAAGAAGGGCUCGCCUCCGGAUUGGGGUCGGGCGUGGGCGGGAAGCCCGAAGGAGACAGCCCCUCCGCGUUGCUAAGGCCGUCCCAGUCCCCAGAGCCUCCCGAGGGCACCAAGAGUACUGCGUCGUCCCCGGGAGGAUCCCUGCUCACCUCUGCCCCUUGCCUCAACACCUUCUUCAGCAGCCUGAGCACCCUGAGUGUCAGCAGCAGUGGGAGCGCCCCGCGGGCUGUCCCCGGCAGCCGCCACCUAGGGAUCCAGGGGGCGCCCCUAGCCUCCAGCAGCACGUUCCCCGCCAGCUCCAUCCCCGAAGCCCCGCCAGACAGCUUGCAGCUGAGUCACAGCGCUAGCAACGGCAGCAGCCAGAGGUCUUCCUACUACAGCCCCUUCCCCGCCAGCACCGGAGGGGGUCAGAGCAGCCCGUUCAGCAGCUCCUUCUACAACUUCAGCAUGGUCAACAGCCUCAUCUACCCCCGCGAGGGCUCCGAGGUCUAG